CCGCACAGGUGCUAUCUUGCGUAAAGAGGCAUAAAACACAUCGAGGAUUUUGCGCGGAAACGUUUCAAUCAGCACCUGUGAGCCAAGAUAAAUGUUUAAAUGAAGCUUCAAGAAAGUCGGAGGACCAAGCAAUUUAUUGGAGAUCGCUCCGUGAUUCGCAAAAUACAUAAUGUGAAGGAUGAAUGGUACAAAAUUAAGUGCACGCGACAAGUGGAAAAUGAUUGCAAUCAUACUACGAGUUUUCACAAUCGUUUCUUUAGAUUCUUCUAUGUCCAACGCCAUAUUUAUGAUAGCAGUGUCAUCAAUUUUUGCGGGAUGGACGAAAGAGAGGAAGAGAUUGCCGAGGAUUUCACAAGAGCUUCAUUGGCGUUAGGCAACAGUGACAAAUGGCUCCAAGAUCGAAAACCUUGACUUAA